UGGGUCUGGCAGCAGAAGUUUGCACCGAACAAGAAAGAACGAACUGGCUGAAGGCGUGUCUCGGACUUAAAAUUACAAAGUAUGCUUUAGAGCAAUUUGUUGACAGAGAGGUCAAGUACGUUCAGACCCGAAUAUUUCAAUCUGUGCGGUCAAGGCUCAACCUAUCUGCAGCUACAGUAUGCACCAACUGUGGAGUCGCCAACUUGUUGAAAUGCCCCACAUCGAACGUAUGUACUUUUAAAGGUACAAAUGUGUGCAAAACCAUGCACGACACACCAUCCAAACAGCCUAGACCAUGCAGCAUGAAGAUUUGUGAUGAAGUUCGUGAUAACAUUAUUGACGAACAUCGUUAUGGCAUUCCUUCAUGGCAUAUUACAGCAGCUGAACAAUGGGCAAGCAAUCAUUGGGAGAUUGCGAAAUGCUUUUUACCUCCAUACGGUGAAUACAUUGGAGUGGGAUCUGCACAUGAAACAGAUUUUAACGGUAUCGUUAGUAUUGUGCUUAACUGCAAACACUUCGACAGCAAGGUUUCUUUUACUAUUGCACAAUCUGGGUCGGCUUGUCUGUUGUCAAAGGCGCAAGAAAUAGAUCGAGCUGUUCGUUAUUGCUCCGAUUGUAAAAUGACAAGUAAAGAUCUGCAGAACGCCUUCAGCACAUUGAUUGAUCUAUUGAGUGAUCCAACAUGUUUAGGUCAGGAUGAACAUGCACAAGAGGCCAUACGACAAUUAAAACAGCUCCAAGUUGACAGCUUAAAAAUAACCGAAGCAGACAUGAGUCUGUUACUUAAGAAUUCUAAGGACACAUUGAACGAAAUGAAUCUAGUGGCCGAUGAAUUGAUGAAUGAGAACUUUUUAAAAAAGAAACUGGAGGACGAGGACUACGAUCGUGCUUUAAAAGAGAACCUGAUAGAUGUGAGCAUUUCAUCGCUUGACCACAUCUUCAGACAUAACGAAGAGCACCGUGACGUCAGAAUCGUCAUGAAGCACGUAGGACAGGGCGUGGCCAGAGAGAUGACCCAAUGGUCAAUAGAAAAGAGGCUGUUGUUUCAGCACAGACCAAGACUGGACCUAAAUACUGAAAUUCCGUUAAGUACAGUGAGGAUCAUAAAUGAAGGUGGUGAAAGGUCACUUCUAAAGGCAGACAUAUACUUGAGGGCUAACGGGGAGACCACCUUCAAAACCAUCCAGCAUAUAUUUGCGAACGAGCAGCCUCGAGAGGUCAUUCGGUUGGCCAUGCAAGCGCACAAUCUGAUACCUCAUACUCUCAGUUCGAGCCUUAACCGCAGACAGUCCGUAUCCACCAUGUAUCUGCUGAAAAGACUGGAAAAAGAAGAAUAUUUCCUGGAAGAGUGUGGGUUGCUAGCAUACGAGUAUGUUCGCGACUGUUUCACCAAGGACGAAAAGCUAUUACUGGAAAUCGUUUCAAAGAAUGACGUCAUUAAUCAACUUCCGGUCUUCAGAUGCCUGGCACUUGACUAUGCCGACCGUCUCCGUAAGCCAAGCACGAGGGACGUCGAUGCCAAAUUGUCUUGGAACAUGUCCACGGAUAAGUAUUACUCGGUUGUGUUCCGUGAUGUCCCAGUGCCGCGAUCAGACUGGAAUGAGUACUACCUCGAGGCUCAGAUAUACCACGGCAAGCAGGCGCUGUGUGAUGCAGUUCGAGUAGAGGAGUACAACCGACCUGUGCAGUUCAGCGUCUCCAUUGAAAGCCUACCGAGGAACGCACGUCUGUGCUUCACUGUGAUCAAGAAGGACAAAGUCAUUGAGAAUCUGAGAGGAACCAAGUGGGUAAAUAUGCAGAUCUUUGAUCACAAAGGCGCCCUCAUAACGGGUGACGUCCGAUGUCAGAUGUUCGCAUUCUCGGGAAAGGUCAACAGGGUCAAUAACCCCCUUGGUCUGUCAGGUUUAACAAAGAACGUGUCCAGUUCAGACCAGUUGUGGUUCGAGAUCCAGAAGCCCUGUCCGGAGCCGGUUCGAUUCCCGAGUUCAGAAGAGAUAGACAGGCACAUCGAACGGGAAGAGCGAUUUACGGAUAACACAUCUCGUCACAUGCCGUUUGACAUAUUUGAUAGAAUUUGUGCAAAAGAGGUUUUCAAAGAACUCACGUCCACGGAGAAAUCGACUUUGUGGGAAACAAGAGCUCAAGCGCUUGAAUACCAACCAAAACUUCUACCGAGAAUCAUUCAAUGUGUCGACUGGACAAAACGGCACGUCGUUUUCCAGUUGUACCAGCUCAUCCGGAGGCACAGGGUCCAAAACCUCGAGGUGGCGCUGCAGCUGCUCGGGCCCGAGUACCCGGAUAGAAGAGUGCGCCGCCUGGCGGUCGAAUAUCUUGCGGCAAAUAUGCCGCCACAAGGGUUGAAUCUCUACCUCCUGCAGUUUGUUCAGGCUCUGUUGUUUGAAAGCUACCAUGACAACGAUCUUGCCAAGUUUCUCCUCGAAAGGGCCUUGUUAUACAGGGAUAUCGGGCACAAGUUCUUCUGGUUACUAAGAUCAGAGAUGCACAAUCCCGUGUCUCAACUGCGGUUCGCACCGCUUCUUGAAAGUUACUGUCUGUACUGUGGAGCCGCCGUGUUUGAAGAACGCCGCCAGGAGGUCGAGACUGCCAAGGCCCUGCACAAGCUUGCCAUGAGACUGAAGGACUUGAAGAAAGAAUCGACCACGGCUGAUGCUAUGGUAAAUGUGCAAACGAGUUUACGAUGCACCGGAAUAUCAGCAAGUCGUGUGUCAGUCAUGGACAGAACAGUCAGACUUGGAGAACUCAAGUAUGACAGGUGUAAGCCACUGAUGUCCAAGAUGAGACCAGUGUGGUUGUCAUGGGAAAACAAGAACAUGAACGUGCCUCCGUACGAGGCUGAGCAGAAAACAGUCGACUACAUAGUGAAAAUCGGAGACGACAUGCGUCAAGACAUGCUGGCGUUGCAACUGUUGAAAGUGAUGGACACAAUUUGGAAGUACAGCUUUGACGACUAUCAUUUGGUCGUAUACAACUGCAUGGCAAUCGGUGAAAACUUCGGUCUCAUAGAAGCUGUGCUAAAUGCACAAACGGUCAAUGACAUCCACAUGACGGACAGGGGUAAACUGUUUGGUACCGAGUCCAUACAUGACUGGCUCUACAGGACCACACCAGAUGGUGACAAUUUUCAGAAUACAUUGCGCCGUUUCAAAUAUUCCGCAGCUGCGUGUGUUGUGGGAAUUUAUCUGCUGGGAAUCGGCGACAGGCACCCGAGCAACAUUCUCGUUAAGAACACUGGCGAAAUGUUCCACAUAGAUUUCGGCCAUUUCAUGGGCCAUAGGAAGUCCAUGGUGGGUAUAAGGCGCGAGAGAACACCGUUUGUGAUCACGAAAGACUUCAUGAACGUGGUCAUAGGUGGCAAAUUUGGGGUCGAAGGGGAAAACGAGUUCAUGUACACGUGCUUCCAACUGUUCAUGUCCACCAGGCAGCAUGGCACCCUGUUCCUGACACUACUCAACCUCAUGAUGCACUCUAACCUACCGGAACUGAACUGUCAGGCUGAUAUCGAGUACUGCAGGGAUGUGCUGGGCCUUGACAAGCCGGAUCACGAAGUAGCCAAGAAGUUGUUCAAGGAACUCUUUGCUUCAUACAAGAAGCAAUGGAUGACAAAUCUUAAUUUUUGGUGUCAUCGCCUUAACAAGGCAAUCGAUAUGCGCAUCAGUACUAAAAGUUAG